AUGUCAACUGUUCGUCAAACUAUGACUGAACUAAGAGAUAACUAUGAAAAAGCUCAACGAAAAUUGGAAACAGCUGAUGCCAAUUUAAAAAAAUUUCAUACACGAUCUGAUCGUUUAACAUUAGCAAAUUUUGAUGAACGUUUACGUGAAUUAGAAGAUAUUCGUUGUGAAUAUGAACAAUCUCGAACAUUAUCACGUGAUAUACAUGCAACUGAAACAUAUAAAAUAGCUAAAAAUCAAUUUUAUAAUAAUAUAUCUCGAUAUUUAUCAUCAAAAAUGCCUAAAAUUGAACAAAGAUUAGAAAAUGAUGAUUUAAUUCCAUUAUUUGGUUAUGAUCUUAUAAAACAUUGUUCAAAAAGAAAAGAUACAUUAAUUGCUUAUCCAAUUAAAAUAUGCAUUCGUCUAUUAGAAAAUAGUUUAAAUGAAGAAGGUCUUUUUCGUAUUGCACUAUCACAAGGAAAACAAAAAAAAACAUUGUUGCUGAACUUAAUUUACAAACAAUUGAUAGGGGAACAACAUUAA